AUGCUCGCAUCCCGCGGGUCCAUGGUGGUGAAGUUUCCUCCGUGCUUCAAGAAACGGCACACGAAUCUGACUCGCCUCGGCGAUGGAUCGGAUUUUGGCAUCAACCUUUUCUGCGGAAUGGAAUCAAUCAAUCGUUUUGCACCAGAUUUCCUUGCCAGCCGUGCUGAGUAUCCACUGGGAUGGGUACCCGGAGGCUGCCCGGGGCACUGCACCGCAAGCCACCAGAAGCCACAGCAUGAGUCUCAUGCAUUCAUCAUUCUAGAAUGUUUCUGGAGCAGCGGCAGAAAUUUGCCUUCUUCCAAUGGAAUGAGACGUGGUGGUACUAAUUGGGCAAACGUCUGA